CUAGCUGUGUGUUCUGUCAUUCCUCCGGUAUGGCAGAGCUGUGCAGUCUCAGCACUCUGCUGUUCUGGGCUGGGAUCAUCGCUUCGGCCAGCUCCUCCUCACCUCCACGCACGGCUACAAAUGCUACAGUAGCCACUUCAACAGCCUCCUCCUCACCUCCACGCAUUUCCACCAGUCCUACAGUAGCCACGUCGUCUGACGUCUCACCUCCACGCAUGACCACAUAUCCCAUAGUAGCCACUUCAACAGCCUCACUUCCACGCACGACCACAAAUGCUACAGUAGCCACGUUGUCUGACUCCUCACCUUCAUCCAUGGCCCCAAAUGCUACAGUAGUUAGUCCAUCAGUGAAUUCAACUGCCAUGUCUGCAACCAGAGCUCCUCCUGCAAGCACCUCAAAUGAGACCUCACUCACACCCACUCCACCCAGCAACUCAUCUGACUCUCAGGCCUCACCUACAGGCACCACAGUGACAGCUACCACUGAAGCCACCGAGACGACUCCUGAGCCUCCAAAGUGUUCCUACACUGUCACACCCAUCGAGUUUGGACUGCAGAUUAAUGUGAUGAACUUCACCCCUGGUGACUACAACAUCAGUAUUACUGAAGGAGGUCGACGAGUGAUUGAAGAGAGGGUCGACUCUACUCAACACAAGAGCCAACGCCUGAAGCCCUGUACUGAAUAUGAGCAUCAAGUUUUAUACAAUUAUGGCAAUAAAAUAAUCAAGUGUACCUCCACUGGAAAUAAAGCUGAAACAAAAGAAAUGAGUAAAACAGACAUUAUAGGGCAAAGCAGCAUAAAUGGACAUAUUUGCUACCAGAGCCAGUGGAACAUCAGCUCGUUAAAAUUACCACCAAAUAUAACUUCAGUUAAUAAGUCCAGUAGUGACAGUAAUACAUUGUGUGUCCAAACUAAUGACAUCUGCUCUGAUUAUGAAAUAACCUUCACUUCAGAAACCUGUGUGAAUACUUCAUUUGAUAUCACCAAAAACAUCAUUGUUGAUUUAUAUAAUUUAACUGAAAUACAGCAAAAUCCUUCCACUGGACUUCCUGCAGUGAUACAGCCAACGUUACCAAAGAUCAAAGAGUGUAAACAUAUCACAGUUAAUUACACUUGUUCAGACAAACCUGGUCAAACGAACAAACCGCUGUCCGAGCUGGAGCCCUUCACCAAAUACAGCUGUACUGGUCUGAUCUUCAUCAACAACAUCCCCACAGUUUACACAACUCCACCCGUCCACCUUAACACUGACUGUGAUCUUACAAUAAACUUGGAGAAUAAAAAAACGAAUACUUCCAUUAAACUGAGCUGGAAAACAACCAGUCAGAAAUGUAAUGGUGUCCUUCACAAUUUUUCAUAUGACUGCAGUUGUGAUAAAAAAGGAAUCACAGGAAUCCCAAAGCCUCAGUCUGACGGAGGAACGUGUGAUUUUACUGGACUCGAAGCAUUCACUGAUUAUACCUGUGGAGUCCAACCCAAAUACAACAGCAAGACGGUUUCCAAUAAAAGGGAAGUUACACUGAGAACUGCCCCUGGAGUACCCGACGGUUCCCCUAAAGUGACUGUAACUGUGCCGGAGAAUAAUGUGAUUAAAGUAGAGUGUCACCAUGAAGGCAAGAUUAGAGGACCAGACAAAUAUAGAAGAUUCAUAGCACGUCUUCAUCCUGGUGGUGAAAACAAACCACAGAAUGAAACAGUUUGUAAGUUUGAAUUCAAGGAUCUGAGCUACUCUACAGCAUACAGAGUGGAGGUGACUGUUUUCAACGGAUACUUUGAAAGCCAACCGGGCAGAGGAACAGCUGAUACUCGCUACAAUGACAAAGCUGUCAUUGGUUUUUUGAUCUUCCUCAUAUCCGCCGCUCUGCUUCUGGCGGCCUGCGUGUGCUACAGGAAGCUCAGAAAGCGUAGGAGUGACGAGGAUGAAAAUGUGGCCUCAGAAGCAAUUUACAUGAACACACGACCUCCUGGGUGGCGUCAGAAAGAAGCUCAGUAACCAAGAACAUCUCGGAGCAUCAAACUAAAUCUCCAUAAAUUCUUUAUCUUUAGUAUUUACGUUGUUCAGUCUUCAUUUGGUCAUUUUUCCA